AUGAAGGCAGUGUGGUUAUUAUUCUGCCUUGGGCUAGCCCGCGGAAGCAUAUUCCGUAGGCCCUACCAGCCUCAUUUGGAGAGCUUCGGCCAACAAGACUCCAUAGAAUCAUACCGACAGGAAGAACCUCAGGUCAGGCAGGUCACCAUCGUCGUAGACCCCAAUAACUCCAACGACCAGUCGGAUUUGGAGCAGCAAUUCAGAUACGUCAACAAUGAAUACUACCCCAACGGGAAGUAUAUUGAGAAGCACACCAAGAAGCAGAAAAAGCAAAAAAAAUACAAACAACAAGCCUCCGAUGAAGACCAGACCCAACUGAGAUACUUGAACUCUGAAUACUACCCGAUCUACCGGUAUGCUGACCAGAAACAAAAUUUCUUCAUCAGCAAGAAGGUCGCCAGGCCGAACCAAGAAUAUAUGCCCAAUGACCAAGAUUUGAAGCAAUUCAGAUUGGUCAAGGGAGAAUAUUACACCAUUCCUCGGUAUGGGGACAGUCAGUCUUACUCUUUAAUGAACCAGCAAGACCACAAACACACAGACGCCUACGGCGAUGCCGUACAAUGGAGAGGAAUCAAGAUCGCCGUUGGACCCCAAUCCAAAGUCCAGAAGGAGGACAUCGAAAGCAUCUAUUACGAGGCCCAGAAAGCCAUGAAGCAUCCCAGUGAGGAAGUAAGACAGAAAUACCACGAGAUGUACGAGUCUGUUUCCGAAGAGGACGCUCAAGACGCUAAUUUGAACGCUACUCAGCUGUUGAAGAAAUACCAGUACCCGGUUGAAGAACAUGUCGUGAGGACUGACGAUGGUUAUUACCUGACCAUGUUCCGCAUCGUCAAAGAGACAGAGAAGGAAUCUAAGGAGGUUGCUGAGCGCCCUGUCGUUCUCUUGAUGCACAGUAUGCUCGGAAGCGCCGACGAUUGGCUCCUCAUGGGGCCAACCCACUCGCUCGCCUAUCUCUUAGCUGACCAGGGUUACGAUGUAUGGCUCGGCAACGCCCGUGGCAACAGAUACUCCCAUCACCACGUCAGCCGUCACCCCGCUCAGGAUGAUUUCUGGCGCUACAGCAACGAUGAGAUUGCGCUCCACGACCUACCAGCCAUGAUCGACUACGCCUUGAAAACAUCCAACCAGAAGAAGCUGUUCUACGUCGGCUACGACCUCGGUACCACUGCCUACUUCGCCUUGGCCUCCACUCGCCCUGAGUACAACGACAAGGUCACCAAGAUGUACGCUCUCUCCCCCAUGGCGUACAUGAGCCACGUCCGCAGUCCGUUAGUGAAGAUGAUCGCUCCGAACAGCCCGUUUUACCAGGAUCUGAAGCAGUACCUCAAAGACGGCGAAUUCAAUCCCAGCACGGAGUUAGUUUACACGAUGGGGGGCGAGAUGUUGGAGAAAGAGAUCGGUUGCAAGAACAUCGCCUCUAACGUGUACUUCGUGAUGUCCGGCUUGAACGUGGAGAACAUGGACGUGAAGACGAUCCGCGUCAUCAUGGGUCACUUGCCGUCGGGGGCUUCCACGCGCCAGGUGAAGCAGUACGGCCAGGCAGCAGCAAAGACCGACUUCAGAAUGUACGACUACGGUUCAGAGAUCAACCAGGAGGUGUACGGUCAGCCAGAGCCGCCAGUAUAUGACGUCACCAAGAUCCGUUCCCCUGUGGCCCUGUACUUCAGCGAGCAUGACUGGUUGGCGCACCCCCAGGACGUCCUCCGGCUGAAGGAGCAGCUCCCCAACGUGACAGAAUACUUCCAAGUGCCCGUUGACUACUUCAGCCACAUAGACUUCCUCGCCUCACAGAAGGCCACCGAAGUGGUGUACAAGAAGCUCAUCGACUCCAUCAAAAGCAAUAUUCAUAAGAAUUAA